GGAGUACUAAAGAAAGAUUAACUACAGGCUUGUAAGCUUUGUUUGGUUAGUCCGGCCGGAGCUUUAAGCCAUGCUCGUCUUACUCUGUUUACUCAUUUCCGGCGUCUUUUCCGGCUUACCUGUUUCUUCUAAAUCGCCAGCUUACCACGCUACCGAUCACUUCCUCCUCAACUGCGGCGCGUCCUUGACCCAGAAAUUCGCGGGCCGUUUGUGGGAAACCGACGAAAUCCAUAAAGAGUUCUUCCCCCCAAACGCGGCAGAAAUAUCAUUGACUCGCACGGCGGCAGAGCAAGGCCCUUCCGUCCCUCAGGUGCCGUACACCACCGGCGUCCGAAUCUUUACUUCUCAGUUCACUUACUCCUUUCCGGUGUCCUCCGGUCCCAUGUUCCUCCGCCUCUACUUCUACCCUGCGCAGUAUUCCGACGACGGCCGUUUCAAUAAGACUGACGCGUUCUUCUCUGUCACAGCUAAUGAGCUAACACUGUUGAGUAACUUCAGCGCGUAUCUCGCCGUCGUCUCCGGCGUUGACCCGCCUGUUGUUUUCAAAGAGUAUAUCGUUAACGUGGAUGACUAUCAGAGGCUCAAUGUGACCUUCACUCCUUCUCCGAACUCUUAUGCAUUCGUGAACGGAAUCGAAAUCGUUUCGAUUCCGACGGGGUAUUAUGUACGCGGGGAAGACGACGAGGCUGCCGAAGAUGAUCAGGUAACAUGGGUCGGAUCUGGUACUCCAUUUUACAUCUCCAACAACACCGCGCUUGAGACGGUGUACAGGCUGAACGUUGGCGGUAAUACCAUUUCGCCGGAAGAUGACUCCGGGAUGUUCCGGACCUGGUAUAGCGACGAUAGCUUUCUCAUCGGAUAUGGAUAUCAGACGCCUUCACUGGAUGUUGACAUCGACUACACUCCGUCGACGCCGGCGUACUCUGCUCCGGAGACGGUAUAUACUACCUCGAGGACGAUAUCGAAUUACAGCAAUGCUGUCAAUUGGACAUUCCCGGUCGAUUCAGGGUUUAAUUAUCUCUUCAGGCUCUAUUUCUGCGAGUUCAUGAAGGAGAUCACGAUGGCUAAUCAACGGGUUUUCUCAGUCGACAUUGAUAACACAACGGCGGAGAGACACAUGGAUGUUAUUAUGCUGGCCGGAGGUUCCAGAAUUCCGAUCUUAAAGGACUAUGUAGAUUACGUGGCCCCGCUGGAAAUUGACGGUCGCCGGCGGAAGCGUGACGUUCCGUUUGCUAUAAGGCCUAACAUGGAAUCCCAGUCUGUGUGGGCGAAUGCUAUCUUAAAUGGUUUAGAGAUUUUCAAGCUGAAUGAUACUUCAGGGAGCUUUGCUGCUCCCAAUCCGGAUGAGCCCGCCCAAUCGCCGCCACAGCCUCCCCCGUCCCUUCAGAGACAUAUUAGGAAACGCGGCGGCGUUCAUGCCGGUGCAGUAGCAGCAGCGUGCGUCGGCGUAGUUGGCCUGUUAGUGGUAUUCGGAUUCUCAACGAUCAUCUGGCGGCAAAGGAGACGGAGGAGGUGGAGAUCGGUGGGGGACCAUCCAACCUCCGACGGAAGCAGCGGCGCUGUUACCAAAUCAUCGUCGUAUUGGGCGGCGCCGCCGUUGUCUCCUCUAUCAGCAUCAACGCAAACAAAUAUCUCCGCCGGCUCUGCUACUUCGUUAUUACCCAGCGAUCUAUGCCGCUAUUUCUCACUAGAGGAUCUGAAAUCGGCAACGGACAACUUCCACGACGAUCUCGUGAUCGGCAGAGGCGGUUUCGGCAAGGUGUACCGCGGAUUCAUAGACAACGGAGCAACCACCGUCGCGAUAAAGCGGUUGAAUCCGGAAUCGAAUCAAGGGAUCCGAGAGUUCCAAACGGAGAUCGAAAUGUUGUCCAAACUCAGACACCUUCAUCUCGUCUCCCUCAUCGGCUACUGCCACGACCACGGCGAGAUGCUCCUCGUCUACGAUUACAUGGCCAGAGGAACUCUCCGCGAUCAUCUCUACAAGACGAAGAACGCGCCCCUCCCAUGGAAGAAGAGGCUCGAGAUCUGCAUCGGCGCGGCCAAGGGUCUACAUUACCUCCACACCGGCGCGAAGUACCCGAUUAUCCAUCGGGAUGUGAAAUCGACCAAUAUCUUAUUGGACGAGAGAUGGGUGGCGAAAGUUUCGGAUUUCGGUUUAUCCAAGGUGGGCCCACUCGGCGGAGCAGAGACUCACGUCAGCACCGCCGUGAAGGGCAGCGUGGGCUACGUCGACCCCGAAUACUACCGGCGGCAACAGGUGACGGAGAAAUCAGACGUUUAUUCCUUCGGGGUGGUCCUGUUCGAAGUUCUCUGUGCAAGGCCUGCCGUUAUCCCGGCGUUGACCAAGGAAAGGGUCAAUUUAGCGGAGUGGGCGAGGCAGAGUUACCGGCGUGGAACGGUGGAGGAAAUGGUGGACCCGAGACUGUUCUUAGGUGAUGAAGAGGAGGAAGGAGAUAUUGCUCCCGAGUGUUUGAGCAAGUUUGCUGAAAUAGCCUGUAACUGCUUGAAGGAUCAAGGGAUUGAACGGCCGGCGAUGAGUGAUGUGGUUUGGGGGCUUGAAUUUGCAUUGCAGCUGCAGGAAGCGGCGGAGAAGAUGAUGAACAGUACUCUUCAAGCUUCCGGCAGCGGCGAUAGUUGCGGCGAGGUCUCCAUAGCCACCAGCCCAUCUCUUCCCCUGGCCGGAAAGGAGGGAGAGUCAAUAACGGAGAUCGAGAACAGCGGGGGAUUUUUCUCGACGACGGAUGAAGUUUUGGCCCUGUUUACAAGCACCGGAGGUACUGCCACCGCCACGUCCACCGCCAGCAGCAGCCGGUAUCAGUCUGAUAAUAAUGUGUUCUCGCUGCUCAAUGACAGAAUGGGGCGUUAAUUUACCUAUUCCGAUGGCUAUUCAUUGUCAUUUUUUUACUCUAAAUUACUCCGUAUAAAAAUUCAAUUGUUUCAGUUAUUUCAAACUGGGAGGUCAAACGGUCAACUUCUGGUUUUCAGGUUAUUUCAUGCCAUUACAUGGGUUUUUUAUUAAAUGCAUGAGGACUAAAUUGUAUUUCUAAAACAAAAAUAUUUUAUAUGUGGAUAAAAUAUCAUGAAUUUGGAAAAAUAUGUGAUGGAAAAUGGGGAUCCAAACAUAUAUUAUUAGAAAAAGAUUUAAUUUUAUCAUUUAACACUCUGACUCGCAAGGUCCUUCUUUGAUAUUCUUGUUUUUUGCUUUUUGAUCCAAAUCAACAUAAAUUUCUAUUGUCAUCACAACCAACAUAAGUUUCUAUUGCGCUUAACUGAUAAUAAUUCCUUUGACCACCUUGUUGUGUUGAGCAGUACUUUUGAUAUUUGAUCCUUAAUAAACAUGUGUUUGUAGUAAUUAUAUGUAUUGGGGUAUUUGACCCCUUUUGUGUCCAUCAGUGCUUCACUAAGCUAUAUAUUAACACAUGUAUUAUAUUCUUCAAUUAUAAAUUAUAUUCCAUUCGUCUCA